UUUCCUCAACCCCUCCACCAACUUUUCUCUUUUCUCUUCAAUCACUGCUAAGUUUCAACCAUGACCGGCGAGGUCGUCGAUGGUAUCACCCCCUUGGAUUUCGACAACGCCGGCCAACUUCCCGACACCCACACCUGGAUCGACGAGCCCAUCAAAUCUUCUCCACCCCAAGAAACUAUUCCCGUGAUCGACCUUAAUGACCCUCAAGCCGUCGAGCAAAUGAAAACGGCUCUUGAGACUUGGGGUUUUUUUCAGCUUAUCAACCACGGCAUUCCCGUGGAGUUUCUUGCCGAAGCGGAGCAUCAGAUUCGGCGCUUCUUUGAGUUGCCGGCGGAGCAGAAGCUCCGGGCUAAGCGCUCGCCGGAAAGCUCCACCGGAUACGGCAUCGUCCCCAGUUCUCGCAACUUUAACAGUCGCAUGUGGGGGGAAGGAUUCACCGUCGUGGGACCGCCGCCAUCGGAGCUUGCACGCCGGGUUUGGCCUGAAGAUUAUUCUCUUUUCUGCGAUGUGAUUGAGAAGUACCAAGAACAAAUGAAGGGCCUGGCUGAAAAGCUUGUUUCUUUACUCUUUAAAUCAUUGGGCCUAUCUAGUGAAGAUGUGGAAUGGUUUAAGCCCGGUGGGCUUCCUGAAAGUACGGGAUCAAUCCUACAGAUGAACUCGUACCCGAAAUGUCCAGACCCAACCCGUGCAAUGGGCUUAGCCCCACACACAGACUCGUCCAUUAUAACUGUACUAUACCAAAGCGACACCCUUAGAGGCCUCCAAGUGUACAGGCCCGAUCUCAAUUGGGUCGACAUCGAGCCCGUUAAAGACGCAGUUGUCAUCAAUGUCGGUGACCUGAUGGAGUUAGCCUCUAAUGGACGGUUCAAAAGCUUGUUACAUCGGGCCGUUGUGAGCAAUGCCCAUCACCGCAUCUCCGUUGCGUAUUUCUACGGCCCAAAUAUUGAUGUCAAAAUUAAACCGCCAGUUAAAUUGAACAAAGAUGGGUUUCCCAUGUAUCAGACCUUAUCAUGGAAGGAGUACCUUGCUGUUAAGGAUGUUUACUUUUUCAAGUCGUUGGAGAAGGUUCGUUUCAAUCCAGUUGCUGAAGAAUACAAUGCAAUUACCAGUGGUAAUGAGGAGGCACCACUCAGUAGCGAAGUGGAAGAAGCAAGGGAAGCGUAGAAAUAAAAUGCAUAAUUAGUGUCAUUGUUGUUUUGAAUAAGAACGGAUCGGAUUUGUGGUUU